UUUUCUUUUUGUAGAAAUAAAAGAUCAGGAAACAUUCGAUUUGACCUGCCCUGUGACUGUCUUUCGGUAAUAUGAGCCUAUCUUUAGGUCCAAAUCCAGCCCAAUAACCACCAGAUUAAUUCAUCUGGUUUCGGGUCGACCCAAGUAUACCAAACCGAAUUUCGGCUCGUGUUGCACCGGGUCUCGACUCGCUAUUCCUUCCAUGGAAGCUAAACAGAACACCAUCAGAUCUCUCAUCUCUGUUUUUCUUUCUUAUACGACACAUCGUUUAUCGAAACCCUAAAAUACCCUCGCUCUUGGCUCUAAUUUCUCCAAUGACCGGAAAUUAACCAUGGACUCUCACUCAACCCUAACUCUAACUCUGCCUCCAACUUCAACUCUCUCUUCCUCUGCCCUCUCCUUUCUCAACGAUAGCCUUACUACCAAUCAAUCCCUCACACGUGCCACAGGCAUCGCAACCGAGCUCGAAAUUCAUUGUCGCGAUUUGGAUCAAAGCUUAAUCGAGCUCAAUCGCAGCCUCGAAUCCAAGCUUAUCGCUUACUCUUCCUUCUCCGAUCGAGCCAAUGGUCUCUCCGUUCAAGUCUAUGUUAAGUUGACCGAACUUGCUUCGGUCGUUCGCUCUCGAAGCUCCGUUUCAGAUGGAAGGGGAAGAACAGAGCAGAUAUUGGGGGAGGAGCUGCCAGUGCUGGCCAAGGAGGUGGCGCGGGUGGAGGCCGUUCGAGCCUAUGCUGAGACUGCUUUAAAGCUGGACACUUUGGUUGGUGAUAUUGAAGAUGCUGUAUCUUCUACAAUGAACAGAAACACAAGGAAGUACCCAUCUACACAGAAUUCAGAAGAUAUGCGGUUGCUUGCUAUUGGAACACUUAAGCAGACAGAAGAUAUUUUAGGUUCAGUUACAAGAGCACGCCCUCAGUGGGCACGUCUUGUCGCGGCAGUUGAUCACAGAGUGGAUCGAGCCCUAGCAAUAUUGAGGCCCCAAGCAAUUGCUGAUCAUCGAGCCCUUCUUGCUUCCAUGGGAUGGCCACCACCACUUUCCACUUUGACUUCCUCUAAUGUGGAUACAAGGACAUCACCUGAAGUCCUAAAUCCUCUUUUCACUAUGCAAGGGGAUCUCAAACACCAGUACCAUGAAAACUUUCUUGCUUUGUGCAGCCUUCAGGAGUUGCAGAGACGAAGAAAAUCUAGGCAACUUGAAGGCCAUAAUCUGGAAGUUGCUCUUCACCAGACACUUUGGGCGAUUGAAGAGCUGGUCAAUCCUAUAUCAGUUGCAACUCAACGCCAUUUCUCAAAGUGGAUUGAUAAGCCAGAGUUCAUUUUUGCCCUUGCAUAUAAGAUUACAAGGGACUAUGUUGACUCUAUGGAUCAGUUAUUGCAACCAUUGGUGGAUGAAGCUAUGCUGGUUGGGUACAGUUGUAGAGAAGAAUGGAUUUCAGCCAUGGUGACCACAUUAUUGACGUACUUAGCAAAAGAGAUAUUUCCUGUUUAUGUUGAUCAAUUGGAUGAAGAGGGUGUUGCUGGUAUUAAAUCGGAAGCUAGGAUAUUGUGGCUUAACCUUGUUGAUUUGAUGAUCUCUUUUGAUAAAAGAAUUAAGUCUCUGGUAGCACAGUCUGGAGUCUUGCUUUCCCUUCAGGAAGAUAGUAACCUGCAAAAGAUUUCAUCUCUAUCUGUCUUCUGUGAUCGGCCUGACUGGCUUGAUUUAUGGGCAGAAAUAGAGCUUUCUGACACAAUAGACAAGUUAAGACAUGACAUUGAUGAUGAAAGAAAUUGGAAAAUGAAAGUCCAUGGGCCAGCUCUUUUGUUUGGUCCUGAAGAUUACAAAUCUCCUGCAGUUUCUGGUGCCUUUCUUCAGCGUCUAUCAUCAGUAGUUGAUCGAUGCCGAUCAUUGCCCACCAUUUCUUCUAGGUCAAGGUUUCUCAGGUUAGCUGGUGCACCUCUAAUACAAAAGUUUUUGGAUUGCUUACUUUUGAGGUGCCAAGAAGCUGAAGGAUUGACAGCCUUACAAGAUGAUGAUGCCCUAAUAAAAGUGGCAAACUCAGUUAAUGCUGCUCGAUAUUUUGAAUCUGUUUUAAAGGAAUGGUGUGAGGAUGUGUUUUUUGUUGAGAUGGGUUCUGGUCAGGAUGAUCAACUAGGAACAUCCCUUAGUGGUGAUACUGGUACUGAGGGGAUAUUUGAAGGAUCUAGAACUGGAAUUUUUGACGAUGAGAUCAGGAACUUAGAGGAAUUCAGAAUGGAAUGGGUUGAGAAAAUGUCAGUUGUUGUUUUGAGAGGAUUUGAUGUUCACUGUCGAGAUUAUGUGAAAAACAGGAGACAGUGGCAAGAAAAGAGUGAAGAAGGUUGGAUUGUGUCCAAAACUUUGGUUGGGGCUCUAGAUUUUUUGCAAGUAAAAAUGUCAAUAAUUGAAGAGAGUUUGAAUGGGCUGGACUUUGUUGGACUUUGGAGAAGUUUGGCAGCUGGGGUGGAUCGGCUACUAUUUAAUGGUGUUCUUAUGAGCAAUGCAAAAUUUUAUGAUGGUGGUGUGGAGAAGUUGGGUAGUGAUUUGCAGGUUUUGUUUGGGGUUUUUGGAGCUUGGUGUUUGAGACCUGAAGGCUUCUUCCCUAAAGCAAGUGAGGGCUUGAAGUUGUUGAAGAUGGGGGAGGAACAACUUCAGAGUAGAGCGGUGAGAGGGGAGAAAUGGAUGAAGGAUAAUGGAAUUAGGCAUUUGAGUGUUGCUGAGGUAGAAAAGAUUGUGAGAAAUAGAGUAUUCCUGAGUUAAAAGCUUUUGAAAUUAUUCACUUUUUUCCUUCUUUUUUUCUUAAUUCUUGUCCGAAGAGCUCAGUAGACUUGUACAUAAAAGAAGAUUAGGCCGAGUUUAUUGAUGCAAUUGUAGAAUUUUUAUGGUACGCU